AUGGAAUCAAAGACAAGGAGGAAUAAAUUACACACUGGCUUAGCUUCAGUAUGGGAUGAAGAAUACGGAGUUGUGCUGGAUAGCAUUGAAAAGGACCUGAACAACUGGGAAAUAUAUGCCUGCAGUUCCCAGAAGAGAAACAACAUGUUUUCUGUUGCUUACUCAUGUCAGGAGGAUAAAAAUAUCAUCAGUGACAUCAUAUGGUCAGGAAAUAGCUGAAACUUGCAUGAAGUUUUAUCAUAUGUCUUUUUAGUACUGUUGGAGAUGGAUUACCUAGCUUUCUUCUUUAUUGCUGUUCUACAAUCAUAUAAAAGUUGUGUUUCUGUCUCAGUGAAAAGAAAAUACGUGGACUCAACUAUAAAACUCGUCAAUGCUAUGACUCUUGAAUGCGCCUAUCCAAAGACUGCGAUUAUAUCCCAGAUGUCUUGGAUUAAGGAAAAGGACAAUGACAAAGAGAAAAUUGCAGUCUUCAAAAUCCCUUAUCAAUUGCAUGUUGAAAGCAGAUAUAAAUUCAAAGUCCAUGUUAGUAAUACAACCCUAAGCAACAAGUCACUGGUUUUUAGCAAUGCUACCGAGGAAGAUACUGGCUUUUAUCUAUGUUCUUUUCAGACCUUUCCACAUGGACUCUGGGAAAAGAGAAUAGAAGUUGUUCAGUCAGGGGAUUUUGAUAAUCACACAUCGUUGCCUCAUAUGAUAAAUACUAAACCAGGGGAAAAUGUCACCUUUACACUUUCGUAUGAACCUAACAUAACAGUGAAUCAAGUGAUAUGGAAAAGGAUCAGACCAGACCGUAUGGACUUCAUAGUCUGUUGUGUUAAUUCUAAUAUGCCAAUCUAUGGUUCCGAUUACCAAGAUCGUGCAAAGACAGAUUGUGCCAUGAACACAAAUAAUACUUCAGUUGUACUCUGGAAUAUUACAGCUUCUGACUCAGGAAAAUACCACUGUUCUUAUACUGGAGCAAAUGGCCGCAAUGCCAGUGGCUGGAUAGAACUGAAUGUUACUGGCAGAGCUGCUUUCGAUUAUAAGCAUCAUAUAUUUUUCAUCGCUGGAUCUGCAGCGUUGCUAUUACUAAUAAUCCUGGCCAUUGUUGUGAUGAUUCUUCAUUACAGAAUAAAGAAGAGGAAAGCACUUAAGCAGAUGAAAACCUAUUAUGCUUCUAAAACACUGAGUGGAAAAACAGGCAACGGCAUCAAAGUAAAUUCAAGCACAGAAUCUGGGACAACAGAGGACCAAAUCUACGUCAACUGCAGUGGUUUUGCUCACAGACGCAAUAUGCACAUGUGAGCUUUUGCCUUCUAUGUGAAUGGGACAUAUCUCUGGCACAACGUUGUUUGUGCUGAUGGGAUUUUUCCCUCUCCAGUGUCCUUUCACUCAUUCAGGACUGAAGAAAUUCCUCACACACAUGCACAAAAUAGAAAUGUGUGAAAAUGUUAGUGACUGAGAAGGAGAAAACAAGAGCUGUUCAAAGAAGGCCAACUGGCUUUCAUGGAACUGUACAUGUUAGCAAAGCUGCUCUGUUUUGAGUCUGAAAAUGAGUGCACUGAAAAGAGGAAAGAUGAGAGACUGAAAAGAGCUUGGCAUUCUUAUAGCAAUCAAGCAUUUACCACAUCAAAUGUCACCUCCCCCAUAUCACCUUAAAGGCUGACAACGUUGUGAGACUGCUGUUGGGUACUGGAGAUAGAUACAGAUGCCUGGACACAAUUUAGUUCACAAAAGCUCCUUCUGCCCUGAAUCAUGCACCAUAGCAGACUUUACUUCCCAUCCUCAUAAGAUGCUUGUGCAGGCCUUCAGAGAAUGGAGAGCAAACAAGAAGAUAUCAAGUCUUUGUUUUUGUGUAGCACAAGGGAAAACCAAAACAUGCAGCCUUCCAUUGCCAAAUUUUAGAUAGCAAUUACUGUUAAGGCUUCUUUAUGAUUAAAAAUAAAUAAUACAAAUUAUACUACGUGAGCAAAUGUGGGAAACAUGUACAUAAGAACAGAAUACUCCUUGUGUGUACUCACAUAAGCUACUUGGAGGUAUGUAGAAAAUGGCAGAACACACCAGUGAAGAAAAGCAGAGACAGGGGCCCAAGAGUAGGCAAUACUAUUUGCAAAAACCUCUUUUGAGGCUCUGAUGUGGUAAACCUGUGGCUCUUUGGCACAAGAUGUUUAUGAUAGCUAAUGCUGUGUGCACUCUAUAACAUAUACAUUAGCAUUCUGUCCCCAGAUAAUCAUCAAUGUGUAGCAAGAGGAGCUGAAUCUUGUAGCCUGUAUAAACUGUGCAAGGAAGGAGAUUUGCAAAAUGUAUGGUGCAUUUCUGGUUGCUUUUCAUCAUUGCAUUGAUCAUGGGUUUACCCACUCAUUGAAAUCUUAUUUUAUUACCCCACUGAUUUCUAACGUUCCAGUAACAUUGUCUGUGCAGAUUCAAGCGUACCACAUCGAGAGCUAGACUUGUUUUUAAAAAUAAAGACCUCUGAAGGCAACAGGUUUUCCCUCUUUCUCCUCUUGCCAUUUUUUUAACGUCUUUUGAGCAUUUCCAUGGAACUGCAAAAUACAUAUAGCACUGGAUAUAGACACUCGGAAUGAACUUGGUGCUACAAUGAUCUACUUAGUUUCUAUUGUCAUGACUGUAUUCGUGCCCACAGGACAGAAGUUAUUAGAGCCAGUUUGGCCCAGUCCGCUUUCAACGAGUUAGAGUCUGGAAAAGAAGGGGCCAGGAAAGACUGGUAUUUUCUUUGUUAGAAUCAGUUCAGACUUGGGAUUCACAUGGGUGCAAUCUGAUGGGUGUUCCAUGUUGACGUUGGUGUGUUAGAGUUGGAUCUACUCUUUACCAUAAUGUUUUGGAUUUCUCAGGUUCUUUCUGCAAAUGAGAUGGUAAUCUUAUUUUCAGAACACAUUAGACAGAGUUAAUUUACCAAUAACUGUUGUUACUUUCUUCUCAAGAGUUAUUUCUUUCUCAAACAUGAUGACUUACGUUAUUAAACCUUAGCUCUUUUGGUUUGUGUAAAAGAUGACAUGAGGUUAGCUGCUUGCAACUAAAUGAGUAUUUUAGUUACAGCCUCCAAAAGGCAAUAUUGUUUUGAGUUGCAGGAAUGCUUUUCUAGCUAUUUAGUCUUGCAACUGUGGCAUUGUGCAAGACAAUGUCUUAUAUUUCAGUGACAUCAAAAAGAACCACAAGAUUAAGGAACUUCAAAACCUGUCACAAGCAAGAAAACAGCAAACUUAUGCUUAUUUGAAGUGUUUAAACGUUCACCUAAUCAUAAUAUGAUUAGAAACCAUCUUUUCUGGCAGUUGUGGCCUCUUAAACAAAUUUUAUGGGGAGAGGGGUUAUCAGUCAAAGAACUCAGGAAAUAGAACUGUUUUGGCACAUGAUCCAUAUUACUACUGUAAUGGGUUGAUCACAUUAUUAUCAAUUCAUCUUAAAUGGGGAAGCAGAAGAAAACCCACUGCACUACUGAGCUAUGUACAGGAGUUUCUGCUGCUAAAUACUGUUGAAACGCCAACACAAUGGCUCUGAUCUAGCUCAUUAUACUGCACAGGGCUCUCCAUGCGUACCAAUGUGGAGUUCCCCACACACCCACUUCCAUGCUAGACACAGUGCUGUGGGCUUGAACAUUUUCCAUUACUUUGCCAGUUUCCAUGGAAAUAUUUCCAUUUCUGAAGUUCUUUAUUAAGAAUGAAUGGGUGUCAUUUUCAAACACAACAUUUGGCAAGUUUAGUGGCUUAAAAGUAUAUGAGUACUGUCACCACAUCGUGCUCAGUCCUUUGGUUGCUAAAAUGUAUUUGUUGUCAACAGUUAUUAGCACCUUGGUUUGUUUUUCAUAAAUUUAAACAGUGAAGGAAGUGCAUGCUAUUGUCUUUAUUUCCUCCAAUAAACAUCUACAUAAUGUAAGAUUUAAAUCACAUUUAUCUUUCCCCUCAAGUGAGGGCAGACCUGCCAUGGUCCCAAAGCUGCACCCUUGGUUUGGAUUCUUGUACUUAGGAGAUCAAAUCCUAAGCAUGCAGAUAGCAUGUAGGGCCUGGAUGAAAUGGAUCCCGCAGAGUCACCCAAGUCCCUGCAGAUGGGCUUCCCAGUUUGUGCUGACACAGCUUGGAUCUUUACAGCUUCCUUUGAGCUGCCAGUCUGUUUACCUUUGCAGCACAGCCCAACAAUGCCGUGUCUUGUUUACAGAUGGGACAGUGAUCAUUUCCUAGAUGGAUAUUUGCACUUCCUGUUGCCCUUCAUAAGAAGUUAUGACUACUAAUUUGUGUGCUACCCAAUUGGAACACUCAUGAUACUCAAUAUUUUUGAUUCUGAUAGUAAGAGAAUUUUCCAUUGGAAGAAAGUGUGCAUAUUGUCAAACAGAGGAUGUAAUGAAUUACAUUGGGCUUCAAUUGCUUUUGUGUUUCUUAAAUCAUUCUGUUCUGCACCUAGUGAACAUUCUUUGUAUCUCAGAUGCUUCAGUGUUGUUUUGUCCCAAUGUCUGAUCUGGGGAUUGUGGUGGAAUCACAGAGCAAAACUUGGUAUUUGUUUAACUGGUUUAAUUCAAAUUUCAUAAAUGCUUUGGUUCACAGGGAAAACUGGAUCAUCACAUCACACAGCGCAGAAGAGCAUUGUACUUAAUUCUUUCCAUUAAUAGAACAAGAAACAACAGUAAAUGUACCAUUCAGUCAAAAGAGAGCAUCGGUGAACAGCAGCUGAAUGCCGUUUUAAAACCAUUAAAAACCACCUCUGUCCCACACACAUUAAAUUACUUAUUAUCCAUGAUACAAGUGAAGUUUGUCUCUCCAAGAAGUAUGUACGGACUACUGUUUUCCCCCAAAAUAAUUAGCUAUGCUAAAAAUGGGGUUCUAAGAGAAUCUGACUCUUCAAAUGAAGUUCACUAAAAGGGAAGGAACCACCCAGACCUUCACCAAACAUAAAUAAAUGAUUAAAGAAGCAAACUAACAUGGAGAAAGGAGAGGGGGGAGCUCAUUGAUGACCACAUUGUUCAUAGCUUUCUCUUAGGACCUCAGAAAUGAACAGGAACACAAGAAGACUGGAAGAAAAAAAUGGGGGGGAGGAUGAUUUGCAUUUUAACCACUGGGCUAAGUGGUUAAACAGCAAAAUCAGGCAAGGCAAAGAGGUAAGAAGUGAUUUAUCUACCAAAUGUCCAGCAGUCACACUUUAUAGUACAGAGAAAAGCACACAUUUUAACUUUAGUUCAACCUGAAUAACUAUUGGUCCUAGCUUUUUAUUAUAGUCCAUUCAGAUUAUAUUCCAUUCCAAAUCCUUUUGCCACACCAACAAUCCUGUGACUUUAUAAAUAAAUGAAAUGAAACAAAUUAGACACAGGCUGUAUGUUGCUUUGCGGUCAUAGCUAAUAACUAUGUUUUUACUCAAAUGUACGCACUGGGGACCUGAUGUGGGUGGACUAAAUUGGUUUUAUGACUUCGUCCUCACUGUGCUCCUGAUCUAUAUCAGGGGCUCUGUGCCUGCAAGUUAUAUUACCCAAAACGUGUAACGUUCUGCAAGGUACACAGUACCCUACACAUAAUUUGGAGUAAACAAGAAGAAAAAAGGAUGUGGUUUGUAGCAAUGUCUUUAAAUUAAUUUGUGGCUUACUUUACAAAGUAAAUUAUCCCUUACUCUCAUUUAUAGCCAUAUAUAUAUAUAUAUAUGCUUUUAUUGGGAUUGCUCUUAUUUUUGAUGAAAAUAAGGUCUGGCCUCUGAGGUGAAGGAAGAGUGGAAAAUCCAGCCAUCUGGACAUAAGCUGUUCUAACAGCCUCCAGUCUGUUGAGUCAUUUGCAGUGCAACCCUGUGCAUGGCUACUCAGCCGCCACCAUGCAACAAGGUUUAUUCCCAGACUGCAGCCUAAAUCUGGAAUACAGAGGUGAAUUCUACACAGCACAGGAUCUUAUGUGUCAUUGACAAGAAAUUGGGAAACGUCAUCACUUGCAGAUUUCAGUGAUGUUUUAUAUUUUAUGUUAUAGAUGGACUGUG